AUGAAGUUCUGGAAUUCAGCCUUCAAGGAUAUGCGAGAUAUGCCGGCGAGCACCACCAAGCCUCUCUGUGUGUUCCUCCUUAACCGAUAUCUUGGCGAUUUCAUCCUGGAACGGCAUUUGAGCAUAGAACAGCUUUCAGUAGAUAUAUUCAAGGGUAAAGGUUCGUUGUUCGAGGUGGAUCUGAAUGUCAGUCACAUCAACGAAAUGCUCGGUGGCUCAAAUGCACCAUUCCGUUUGGUUGACGGUUUCGUACAUCAAGUUACCCUGCAGAUUCCUUGGGGUCGAGUGCUGGAGGAGAGCUGCGACGUUGAAAUCAGCGGAUUGGAGCUUACAGUGGAAGUUACCGCGGCACCACCUGCUGAAGCAGCAAAUUCACUUCUCGAAUCGGUCAUAGAUAGCAUGAAUACCAGCUUAGCCUUGGCUCGAAGUUUUGUCGAAGAGCAGAGUGAAAAAGAGUCUUCGUUCUCACUUCAGACGGAUGCGGAACGCUUCGAAGGUCUCGGAACCUUAGCACAGUUCAUCGAUACACGUAAGCGAAGGUUUUCCUUUCGCAGAGGCGUCCUAAUACGAUUUUCUACGUUGCGGUCAUCUUGUACUAAGAGUUUGAUAUAGAG